GCCGGCCGGCCCCGUCCGCGGCGCCCGAGCCGGACAGCUGCCCGGUGUGCGUGUGGCGGCAGCACAGCCGCGAGCUGCGCCUGGAGAGCAUCAAGUCGCAGAUCCUGAGCAAACUGCGGCUCAAGGAGGCCCCCAACAUCAGCCGCGAGGUGGUGAAGCAGCUGCUGCCCAAGGCGCCACCGCUGCAGCAAAUCCUGGACCUGCACGACUUCCAGGGCGACGCGCUGCAGCCUGAGGACUUCUUGGAGGAAGACGAGUACCACGCCACCACCGAGACCGUCAUUAGCAUGGCCCAGGAGACGGACCCUGCGGUGCAGACAGAUGGCAGCCCUCUUUGCUGCCAUUUCCACUUCAGCCCCAAAGUGAUGUUCACAAAGGUACUGAAGGCCCAGUUGUGGGUGUACCUACGGCCUGUACCCCGCCCCGCCACUGUCUACCUGCAGAUCUUGCGACUGAAACCUUUAACUGGGGAAGGGACCACAGGGGGAGGGGGUGGAGGCCGGCGUCACAUCCGUAUCCGCUCACUCAAGAUCGAGCUGCACUCCCGCUCAGGCCACUGGCAGAGCAUCGACUUCAAGCAGGUGCUACACAGCUGGUUCCGCCAGCCGCAAAGCAACUGGGGCAUCGAGAUCAACGCCUUUGAUCCCAGUGGAACAGACCUGGCUGUCACCUCCCUGGGGCCAGGAGCUGAGGGGCUGCAUCCUUUCAUGGAGCUUCGAGUCCUAGAGAACACAAAACGGUCCCGGCGGAACCUGGGCCUGGACUGCGAUGAGCACUCAAGCGAGUCCCGCUGCUGCCGAUAUCCCCUCACAGUGGACUUUGAGGCUUUCGGCUGGGACUGGAUCAUUGCUCCUAAGCGCUACAAGGCCAACUACUGCUCCGGCCAGUGCGAGUACAUGUUCAUGCAAAAGUAUCCCCACACCCACUUGGUGCAACAGGCCAAUCCAAGAGGCUCUGCUGGGCCCUGCUGUACUCCCACCAAGAUGUCCCCAAUCAACAUGCUCUACUUCAAUGACAAGCAGCAGAUUAUCUACGGCAAGAUCCCUGGCAUGGUGGUGGAUCGCUGUGGCUGCUCCUAAGGUGGGGGACAGAGGAUGUUCCCUCACAGACCCUGCCCCUGGACCCCUAGCCCUGACCCCCAUUCCCCCAGGCCCUAGAGCUCCCUCCACCUCUUCCCAUGAACAUCACACCUUGUUCCCUGCCCAAGCAGUGUGCAAUACAACAGAGGGAGGCAGGUGGUGGUUGGGGGGUGAGGCAUUUGGGG